AUGGCUGACACGAUCUAUCAAAAGAAAGUUAUAUUUUCAUCAAAAUAUCGUAAAAAAGAGGUCAUAGUAAAGCUGCGAAAACCAACGGUACCACAAUGGACAAUUUUACAGAUAACAGACAAGAGGACACAGUCUUUGGUUCUGUAUUUGUUCCUUGAUGACGGAAGAGAGACCUCCAAAGAUCUUGUUUUGACUUUGCCUCUCCACGCCAAACUAUCUCAAGACGUACACAACUACACAUGUGAACCAUUAUUUCAAGAUGGAAGAGAUGGCAAAAAGAUCAUCGAAAUAGUAAAACAGAUUUCCAAUGUGGGGACUUUUUCUGUAGACGUGGAUCACAAACCACCUUCCUCAUAUACCGUAAUGGACCUUCAUCUGCCAGACUUUAGGACGGGAUCCUCAACCAAUGAACCAGCAGUAUCACCUUUAAUCACUUCAUCAAAUCACAAGGGAUACCCGGUUAUCACAGACAGUUUUAAUCUUAUAUUUCUGAAGGACAUAGAGACAGGGGGAAUACUUCUUUACACUACACAGGUUUCUCAAUUUACUUUCCCUUUCCAGCUUCGUCCUGUGUGUGAUUAUGAACUAAUGUCAUUACGGGGAUGUAGACUGCAAACCCAUUGUUACCUUAUUGCUGCAGUUGCACUUUGCUCAUUUAGGACAUUUAGGUAUUUCAAGGAAUAUAUGUAA